AUGGAAAAUUUAGAUUAAACUUUGCCAGAAGAAGUAAAGUAUAAGACCCACAGCAACGUGCAGUUUAUCUACAAUGAUAAAGUCAUAACGGGGACCUUUACUAUUACCACUUAAUUUUUGAGAUGGCAAGAAGAAGGGAAGGAUAAUGAGAUUUGCUUUAGCUACAAAGACUUUAUGUGCUUUGGGGAUGCUUCAGAAUCUGAAUAUGUUGAUGAAGAGCAUCCAAAGAAUAAAUGCUAACUAUGUAUAGGCGACAAUUACAAAGUAGCUCUAGAAUUGAAUGAUGAAAAUGGGGAUGAGGAUGUAGAGAUGAAAGAAGGCCUUGAUGAUUGUGAUCAGCUUAUCAUUUAGAUUGCUCCGAAUGUUAAAUAUGACAAUGCUACAACCAUAAGAGUAUUAAUUGAGGAAUGCAAUAUGCUGAACCCAGACACUGAGGACUCUUAAGAUGAAGAAUAAGAAGAAUUAUUUACUAAAGAGUACUUCGACUAAAUGGAAAGCUAGGCUCCAUAGUAAUGA